AUACGGCAACGUCAACAACACGCAAUUGCUGUGAGCGCGACGGAGACAGCAACAGCGUGAGUCAUAAAAGUGAAAUAAAAAUGCGGAUAAAGAGAGAAGCGCCGUGUCUACUGUUAUUUAUGCCAAUCCCAAAUAAUAAUAACAACAACAACAAUCGCAUUGGUGCUAAUCACAAGGACUAUCCCAACAACAAGCGAUCCAGGGAAAAUCUGGCAUGUGACGAACAGCAGCUGACGACGACGUCAACGGCAGCAAUGAACGUUGGCAGCAAUGGCGGCCGAACGCCGCCGCUCAUGCGCAGCUGCUCCAGUCCGGCGGUUUACGAUAUCGAAACACAUCCCGCUUCGCCAGUAUUCCCACAUCUGCUGCUGGGCAAUGGCCGCGAUGCGGACGAUCCCAGCAGCGUGGGCGCCAAUUGUGUGUUGAAUGUUACCUGCCAAAGUCCCAGCGAGAGUCAUCUGCAGGGCCUGAAGUAUAUGCAAAUACCUGCCAGCGAUACGCCCCAUCAAAAUAUCAAGCAAUAUUUUCAGGAGGCAUUCGAUUUCAUAGAGGAUGCACGCAAAACAGGUUCGCGCGUCUUGUUGCAUUGUCAUGCGGGCAUCUCGCGCAGCGCCACCAUCGCCAUUGCCUACGUCAUGCGAUACAAGUCGCUAUCGCUGAUCGAGGCCUACAAGCUGGUGAAAGUGGCCCGGCCCAUCAUCUCGCCCAAUCUGAACUUCAUGGGCCAGCUGCUCGAGCUGGAGCAGAGCCUGCUGAAGAGCGGCGCCUUGGCGCCUCUGCCCACUGUAACAUCCGCAUCGCCCGCUGUCAGCAGCCAGUCGCCAGCAUCUAGUCAGCUCGUGGAAGAGCCCGAGGAGGAGGAGGCGAAUCAAAUGCCAGUUUCACGCAAAUCUAAAUCGGAUAGCGAGGCCAUGGACGAGGACGUUUAUGAUUAUGACGAUGUGGAUAGUGGUGCUAGCAGCUUUGCCGGCAGCAACUGCUCAUCGCGACUAACCUCACCGCCCGUCACACCGGAUGAGACGCCCUGCACAUCGGCAGCGGCGGCGGCGGCAUCAUCGUCGUCGGCGGCAGCUACUGAACUGGAUUCACCUUGCUCCAAUAGCAGCAGCGGCGUCUACUCCAUUUCAACGUCGCAAGAGUUCGCACCUGCUGCUGCUACGCCCGCACCUGUUAUACCUGCUGCAACGCCGGCGACGUUGUCGCCCACGCGACCGCUGGCGCUCUUCAAGCGCAACUCGCCGGUUAAGCUGCGACUCAAUCUCGAGCCCAGCUAUAACACGCCAAACAUACCAAAAUCCAUAUCCUGCAUAUCCAUACACAAUGCCAGCCAGCACAGUCCGCUGCAGAGGGAGGCGCCAGCCACGCCCAGCUGUGAGCUGGCGCCCACAAUGCCAGGUGACAACAACAACAAUUUGGUGGCGGCCACGUCGAGUGAUUGAUGCAUCAGGCGGAGGCGACGCCACCGACGCCCCAAAGCUGUGAAUAAAAUAAAACUUAUGAGUACAUUUAAGUGAUGCGAAAUUUUGUAUUUUAUAUAUACAGAGCAUGAUUGAAUGGAUUGAUUGAUUGUUGAUUGAUUGGUUGAUUGAUAGCUAGCCUCACUCACUACUGUAUGAAUUGAGCGUGUAUAUUUUGUACCUAAACAAAGGAAAUGAAAACUUCUGAAAAACUAAGCAACAAACAACUAAUGCAUCCAAAAGUUUGUGACAAAUGCGAACGGAAUAUGUAGUCUAAUUUGUAAUUUUAAAACCUUUGUAAUCUAUUUUGGAUCACAACAAGAGAAAAGAACGGUAAAGAGAACCCGAUGCAAAAUGGAUCAACUAUAUUCGUAAAGCAUCGAACUAUAUAUCUUGUGCUGCUAUUAUAAAUUGUUUAAAAACCUCGUAAUGUUUAAUUUAGUAUAAUUUAUGAUGAUAAGCAAAUCUUAACUAUUCAUAUAGUAAACAAAAUAAUCAUAAACAAAAACAAAAACAAAAAAAAAGAAUACAAAAAACAACAAAAGAUUAUAAUGAACUUUACAAGCGCAUUGCAAAUAUUUCUGCUAACUUGCCCAAAAUCAACAAAUUCACAAAUCCAAAUCCCCAAUUAGAAAGAUGUUUACUAUAUCUAUAAUACUAUAUUAUCAAAACUGUUCUAAGUUUUAUGCAACUACUGUAUCCACACACACACAUAUAUAUUGUACACUCAGUCACGCUUUUCAAACUUAUAAUUGCAUGUAUGUAUGUAUUGUAUAUUUAAACUUUUUUCAAGUGAGCAAG